AUUUAAACAUGAGCAAGACUUACAUUGAAUUGAACCGUACUGGCGACAAGAUGCCUUUGGUUGGUUAUGGUUGUUGGAAGGUAGACAAUAAGGAUUGUGAAGAAACUAUUUAUAAUGCUAUCAAGACUGGUUAUCGUUUGAUUGAUGGUGCUGCUGUUUAUGAAAACGAAGUAGAAGUGGGUCGUGGUAUCAAUAAGGCUAUCAAGGAAGGCAUUGUCAAGCGUGAAGAUUUAUUCAUUGUUACCAAGUUAUGGAAUACUUAUCACCACAAGAGUCACGUACGACCCGCCUUUGAUCGAUCUCUUAAGGAUAUGGGUUUGGAUUAUAUUGAUUUAUAUCUUAUUCAUUUCCCUGUUCCUAUCAAGUAUGUUGAUCCUGCUGUCAAAUAUCCUGGUGGAUGGAUUGAAGAAGGUGCCAAGGAUAUUGCUUAUGAACGAUCCCCUAUUCAUGAAACUUGGGCUGAAAUGGAAAAGUUGGUAGAUGACAAGGUGGCUCGUAAUAUUGGUGUUUCCAAUUUUAAUGUCAUGGCUCUUUUGGAUUUGUUUACUUAUUGUCGUUACAAACCUGCCACUCUUCAAGUUGAACUUCAUCCUUAUUUACAACAAAAACGACUUGUGGAAUGGGUUCAAAAACAAGGUAUUGCUGUCACUGCUUAUUCCUCCUUUGGUCCUGCCUCUUAUGUGUCCUUGAAUGAAGAAGGUAAGACUGCCAAACCUUUGUUGACUCAUGAAGUGGUGCAACAAGUCGCAUCCAAAUAUGGAAAAUCUGCUGGUCAAGUCCUACUUCGAUGGUCCGUUCAACGUAAUGUGGCUGUCAUUCCCAAGAGUAUGAACGUUGAUCGAUUAAAGUCAAACUUGGAUAUCUUUGAUUGGACUUUGGAACAACAAGAUGUGGAUGCUAUCAACCAAUUGGAAAUGGGUGCUCGAUUCAAUGAUACUGUCACCUACGGUUUCGACUUGCCUCUUUUUGACUAGUAUUAUUUUUGAAUAGUUGUAUAGUUUUUUUAUGUAUUUGCUUUCUUUUUGUAUCAAUAAACUACUUUUUUUUUUAUUAUUAUG